GGAGGAGGAGGAGGAGCAGCAGCAGCAGCAGCAGCACCAGCUGAGGACUGGGACCGACCGCGGAGCAGCAGCGUGCAGACGAGCGUCGCUCGGCGGGGACGCCCACGCCCUCCACCACGACCCUUUGCGCUGCCGCUCCUUCACACUGACUCACCCCAGACCACGAAGAAGAUCCUUCGGCGGUGCCACGAGUUCAAUUUGAUCGCCCUGGGGCUUUGCUAAAGUGCGUGCUCGAGGACGGCGGCUCGACGGCCAAUUUCCACCAACUGGAACAGUGGUGAAGACUCGACUCGACGACGAGGAGGAUAAGUCAGGAGACGAACUGUGAUACGUAGAAUUUUGAAGAAGGGAAGGAAGGAGCCAUGGCUGGAAAUGAAUGGAUUGGCGGAUACUUGGACGCAAUUCUUGAUUCGGGCAGUGGACGAGACGAAACGAAACUCGCAGCUGCGAAGAUUGGAGCUGGUAGAGAUGCUGUAACUGCUGCGAAGUACUUCGUCAAUGAAGUCACUGGACAUGACGAUGCCGCUCUUUACCGAACCUGGAUCAAGGCGUCAGCUACCAAAUACCCUCAAGAACGAGGUAGCAGGAUGGAGUACUUGUGCUGGAGAAUUUGGCACAUUGCCCGAAGGAAAAAGCAGAUGGAAUGGGAUGACGCUCAAAGGUUGGCUCGUCGCCAUCUCGAGCGCCAGAGGGGUGCGAAAGAGGCCGCGGACGAAAUGUCCUGUGAGGAUCUUUCAGAAGGAGAGAAGGAGAAGCCCGACGUAGCAUCUGAACUGCCUCCAAUUGUCGAAGGGAACGAGAUUCGCCUCGGAAAGACGAGCAAUGAAACUGAUCCUGCCGAUCAGAAGAAGGAAAAGCGAUUGUACAUCGUUUUAAUCAGUAUGCAUGGCUUGGUACGUGGAGAUAACAUGGAGCUUGGUCGCGAUUCCGAUACUGGUGGACAGGUAAAAUACGUGGUGGAAUUAGCAAGGGCCUUGGCGUUGAUGCCAGAAGUGUAUCGAGUUGACUUGCUGACACGUCAAAUUUGUGAUCCCGCUGUGGAUUAUGAGUAUGGUGACCCUACCGAGAUGCUCACAGUCAGAUCCUACGACGACGAAGUGACAGAGUCAGGAGAGAGCUGUGGAGCGUACAUCGUUCGAAUUCCCUGCGGUCCCAAGGAGAAGUAUAUUCGAAAAGAGUUGUUGUGGCCAUACAUUCAGGAGUUUGUCGAUGGUGCUCUUUCGCACAUCCUCAACAUGGCUCGGGUUUUGGGAGACCAGAUUAAUAAUGGGGAAGCGCAUGUAUGGCCUCAUGUGAUUCAUGGUCACUACGCGGAUGCCGGAGACAGUGCUUCUCUACUGUCAGGUGCCUUGAAUGUUCCAAUGGUAUUGACGGGUCAUUCUCUGGGCCGAAACAAAUUGGAACAACUUCUUACCCAAGGGCGAGAGACUCAAGGGAAUAUCAAUGCAACUUAUAAGAUAAUGCGUCGUAUCGAGGCAGAAGAAUUGUCAUUGGACACCGCAGAACUCGUAAUUACUAGCACGCGGCAGGAAAUCGAGGAACAAUGGGGUCUCUAUGACGGAUUCAAUGUCAAGACGGAAAGAGCACUCAGAAUUCGAGCUCGACGCAACAUUAGCUGUCACGGCCGCUACAUGCCUCGGAUGGUGGUUAUUCCGCCAGGAAUGGACUUCAGCAACGUUGUGGUCCAAGAUGCAGGCGAUGUGGUGGAUGAUGUAGACUCACUAGCUUUUUCGAAUUCAGACGGAUCUGUGACCACGCCAGUGUCCCCACGUUCUGACCCUCCGAUUUGGUCCGAGAUCAUGCGUUUUUUCACGAACCCUCACAAACCCAUGAUAUUAGUAUUAGCUCGCCCAGAUCCAAAGAAGAACAUCACUUCGUUGUUGGAGGCCUUUGGAGAAACUCGGCCUCUACGUGACCUCGCUAAUUUGGUUCUUAUCAUGGGCAAUCGGGAUGACAUAGACAAUAUGUCUGGUGGUAAUGCCGACGUCCUUGUGCAAGUGUUGAAGCUGAUUGACAAGUACGAUCUUUAUGGUCAAGUGGCAUACCCCAAGCAUCACAGGCAGUCAGAUGUUCCGGAGAUAUACCGUCUUGCAGCCAAGACCAAAGGAGUUUUCAUCAAUCCUGCUUUGGUGGAGCCAUUCGGAUUGACCCUCAUUGAGGCCGCCGCUCACGGUUUGCCUAUGGUAGCUACGAAGAACGGAGGUCCGGUUGAUAUUCAGAAGACUCUCAGCAACGGUUUACUUGUCGACCCGCACAAUCAGAAGGAAAUUGCGGAUGCCUUGUUCAAGCUGGUAUCUGACAGAAACCUCUGGAUAGACUGUCGACGAAAUGGUUUGAAGAACAUUCACUUGUACUCGUGGCCUGAGCAUUGUCGCACAUAUCUGUCUAAGAUUGCCCAGUGUCGCAUGAGGCAUCCCCAAUGGCAGAAUGACAAUACCGUCGACGAGAACAAUGAUGUUGAGUCUCAAGGCGAUUCUCUUCGCGAUGUACGUGAUAUAUCUUUACGCUUAUCGUUGGAUGGUGAUAAGUUGAACAGUGGUGGUUCGAAAAGCCCAGCCGAUUUCUUGAAGGCUUUGGAAAGGUACGGGGUCAGGGAUUCAAAUGGUGACCAGGUGAGGCCAUUACGAUCUAUGAAAAGCGGUUCUCGACUUGAGAGCAUGCCAGAAUCGAUUAAGAGAUCUAUAAGUGGCACCAGCGACAAGAACAGUUCCCACUUAAGUAGUAGCAAGGUGUCUCUUCUGCGGAGGAGGAAGAAACUUAUCGUCAUUGCGGUUGACAGCUACAAUAAUGCGGGCCAGCCGAAUGAGAUGUUACUCAAAACGAUCAAGGCUGUUAUUAAAGCACAGCAGAGCGAUUCUUCUCAAAAGCAAACUGGGUUGGUGUUGUCCACAGCGCUUACUUCUUCAGAAGUUCAGAACUUACUGAAUUCUGCCGAAAUUCCUAUGCAUGAAUUCGACGCGUUGAUAGUCAGCAGUGGAAGUGAGCUUUAUUAUCCGUCCGGCGGCGACGACGCGGGCGCAGAUCUUCAUGCAGAUCCUGAUUAUGACUCACAUAUCGACUAUCGCUGGGGUGGAGACGGGUUGAGAAAAACCCUUGCGAGCAUUUUCACUCCGGAGCAAAACGGGGAAAAAAAAGUUGAAAGAGCUCUUGCUGAGGAUGAAGAGCGGUUUAACAGCCAUUGUUUAGCGUACAAGGUGUUGAAACCACAGCUGGCACCAUCUGUGGACCAAAUCCGACUGCGAUUGCGGCAACGUGGUCUCAGGUGUCACGUCAUGUACUGCCAAAAUGAGGCGAAAAUGCGGGUCAUUCCCCUGCUCGCUGCUCGUUCACAGGCUUUACGAUACUUGUUCGUGCGAUGGGGUCUGGACGUGGCAAACAUGCUUGUCAUUGUAGGAGAGACCGGUGAUACAGAUCAUGAAGAACUUUUGUCAGGAACGCACAAGACAGUCAUUGUGAAGGGAGCUGUCACAUCAGGUUGUGAUAGGCUUUUGCGAGUUGCGUCUAACUAUGCCAGAGGAGAUGUUGCUCCUGCCGAUGGGCCUUACAUCUCUACGGCUGAAACUGUUGAUGACGUUGGGGCUGCAGUGAUGAAAUUUACCAAGAGUCGGAUGUAGGCGGAUAUUCCAUUCCCAUAUUAGGAUCGAUCAUGCUACAGAAACCUGCCGUGGGUAGUACCUGUUUCUAGUUUCACCUCUGCAUUGCAGUCGUUGCCACUCAUCUCUGGAUUUGAUCGCUAUCUGAAUAUCGUGGUCGUAUAAUUUCUCCAGAGCAUUCUCUGUAUUCUAUAGAACCUCUACAGUCCUCGAGCUGUUCAAAGGAAACUUCCUCGAAUCCGGUCAAAAUGUUCUCGUUCAGUCUUCGCCUCCUGCAUUUUGACACUUGAGUGAGUAGGUGGAGAAUACUAGUUAGUAUUACUAGUCUGUUACAACCUACUGGUGCAGGUAGAUGAGAAAAACGCUCCCGAGUGUUUUUCUGUUUUGUACAUAAUCACUGUAGAAAGGCCGAGACUUCAUCACUAUUAAAUCAAUUCUUUAACUUGUCUCUUCUAAAGAGGAGAGAGAAGAUUCUGUUCGCUUACUUCAACUAGUGACACUGUGGAUGGGCAAGGUACCAUCAGCCAGUUGCCAUACAGUUUUUUUCCAACUCUGACAAUUACCAUGGUAUUAUAAUACAAUGUGCGGUCUGAUGUUCCUGUUCAAUGCG